AUGCAUAGAUCUGUACCAGGGCACCAGGAGAACCAGAACUACCAAGCCCUGGAGACAGCCUCUAACACGGGUACUAUAGAGGACCUGAGGCCCCCUGGACACCAGGAGAACCAGAACUACCAAGCCCUGGAGAGAGCCUCCAACACAGGUACUAUAGAGGACCUGAGGCCCCCUGGACACCAGGAGGACCAGAACUACCAAGCCCUGGAGACAGCCUCUAACACAGGUACUAUAGAGGACCUGAGGCCCCCUGGACACCGGGAGGACCAGAACUACCAAGCCCUGGAGACAGCCUCUAACACAGGUACUAUAGAGGACCUGAGGCCCCCUGGACACCAGGAGGACCAGACCCCCCCACUGGAGCCCUCAGCACCAGAGACCAGCAACAACAGUGACUGUUGUAGAUGUACACAGCCCGUGCCCGACAUGAUCAACGGCGCCACCAGGAACGACACUCCCACGUCUCUAACAGGCCAGUGUGGGGCGCUGUGUGAAACCCAGCAGCAGCAGUGUAGUCCACCGGUCCAGGAUGACAGACAGCUGGUCAGACACGUCCUGUUGUGUCUACUCCUCAUAGUUUCCCUGCUGGCUAACCUGUCCAGUUGUCUAUGGUGGUUGUUCAACCAGGACCCUGGUAGACUGUACCUGGAGCUGCAGUUCUUCUGUGCUGUGGCCAACUAUGGACAGGGCUUCAUUUCGUUUGGUAUCUUUGGCCUGGACAGGCAUCUGAUCAUUAUGCCAUUCAAGAAGAGGUUAGUGAGCCUAUGGCAGGGCAGGGAGAGUGAGGAGGAGCCCCCCUCUGUGGUUCCAGAGGAGAUCAGGCUGACCUGCACUCAGUUUGUCCGCUAUCAUAAAGACCAGUGUGUUCAGGACAUAGUGCCCAUCAGAAGGUAGGCCACAACAUAAACAUCAAUUAUCAGUUAUUUCAUUUAUUUAUCAUUUUUUGUAGCAUGAUUUCACUCCCAGGACACGUCUGAUUGGUGCAGAAUCAAAGCUCUAGAAUCUAUAUUAAAACCGUUGACUUGGGUCUCUCGAGUGUCACAGCGGUGUAAGACACUCUAUCACAGUGCCAGCUGUGUCACUACAGAUCCUGGUUCGAUCCCAGGCUGUGUUGCAGCCGGCCGCGACCGGGAGACCCAUGUGGCGGCACACAAUUGGCCCAGCGUCGUCCGGGUUAGGGGAGGGUUUGGCCGGCAGGGAUGUCCUUGUCCCAUCGCGCUCUAGUGACUCCUGUGGCGGGCCGGGCGCAGUGCACGCUGACACGGUCGCCAGUUUUGAUUUGAUUUGAUUUGAUUCAGUUGUACGGUGUUUCCUCCGACACAUUGGUGCGGCUGGCUUCCGGGUUAAGCGAGCAGUGUGUCAAGAAGCAGUGCGGCUUGGCAGGGUUGUGUUUCACCUCUCCAGAGUCCCUACGAGAGUUGCAGCGAUGGGACAAGACUGUAACUACCAAUUUGGAUAUCACAAAAUAUGGGAAGAAAAAGGGAGUAAAAUGAUAAAAAAAAAAUAAAAUACAAUAGAAAAAGAAACGGUUGACUGUUAAAUGCUACUGCGUGUGCAGAUCUAGUAAUCCAUAAACUAGCAUGUUACCUACGAGUUGAACUCGUUCUCUCCUAACAUCCUCUCUAUGCAUGGCCUAGGAUUUUACCCCAGAUAAUAUCUUGCAUGUUUCUACCACUAAUCCUGUCUUUAAAAAUGCAUUAUUGCAUUGUACACUCUGUGAAUGGACUGAACUUACCAGUCUUCUUCGUUGGUAAUACAUUAUUGUACACUCUGUGAACGGACUGAACCUACCACAGUCUUCUUCGUUGGUAAUACAUUAUUGUACACUCUGUGAAUGGACUGAACUUACCACAGUCUUCUUCGUUGGUAAUACAUUAUUGUACACUCUG